AUGAGUGAUACUAAUAUACCACCGGGUCAAGAACAUGUUGAUAAUGCUGGUAGUUCUAUAAUUAUAAAAUUAAUUGACAUGACUGGUUUGUUAGAUAUUCCAAGAUCAAUCUUAUCCACGAAUUUUGAAAUCCAUCUACAUUUAUCAUCAUUACUACUUAUCACAUUUUCACUAGCGAUAUUCAGUUUGUUAGUCAUUAGAUAUAAAUAUCUUACUGGAUAUUCAAGAGAUUUAGACAAUAAGAAGAAUAGAACCAACUCACCAAAUUCAAAAACUCAUUCUGAUAAAAACCUUAAACAAAAUCAAUCAAGUUUAUAUGUUGACAAAAGAAAAGAUUCAAAACCAAGUAAUUAUCUUGAUGAAUUUUUAAUGGCAUUGAAAGUAUUUGGAUACUUGGAUAAAUCAGUAUUUCAUGAAUUGACUAAGAGUAUGACAACUCAAAAAUUGUCAAGAGAUGAAAUUUUGUGUUUGGAUGAAAAAAUUGGAUUUUCAGUUGUUGUAGAAGGUACAGCUCAAGUAUAUACUAAAAUCUCCAAGAAGAGUACAAAAGAUAACGGUGAAACUUUUUUCGCAGAAACUGAUGAUUAUCAUGAAAAUGAUGAUGUAUUUAAGUUAGGUGAUCAGAAUUAUCGACUUUUGAAUGAAGUUAAAAGUGGAGCUCCAUUGAGUUCUUUAAUUUCGACAUUGGAACUUUUUAAACCAAUGAGAAAUAAUGCAGACACCACAAUUGAAGAAGAAAAUAUUGUUGCAUUAAAUUUGGAUUACUAUGAUAAAGCUGGUGGGGAGGAUUCAAAAGAGAAGUUGGAAAUAGUUGAUGAAGUUGAAGAAAAUAGUUAUCCUGAUAUUAUCAUCAGACCCAAAAGGAAAAAGCAUUUGGAUACUAUGACCGUUGCUAUUAUUCCUCAUUCGGCAUUUGAAAGAGUUCAAAUGAAAUACCCCAAAGCUACAUCACAUAUUGUAACUAUGGUUUUAACUAGAUUAUAUAAAGUCACCAUGAGUACUAUUCAUAAUUAUUUAGGCUUAACUGGAGAAAUUUUUAAACUGGAAACUGAAUUAAAUAAAACUACAAAUUUAAGAUUACCAAAAUAUUUAAUUGAUGGACUUCUUGAAAGAUUAAAUCAAGGUGGUGAAAGUUCAAAAAGAAUUGUGAAACAUUAUAGAGGUAAUCCUUUAGAAAGAGCAUCUUCAAGAUAUGUAUUAUUAAAUUCAAAAGUUAAAAGUAACAACCCUGGAGAUUUAUUAUCUUCCGUACCCAUAUCUCGUGACGAUCCAAAUCAAAAAUUACACAAGUCAGUAUCAUCAAUAUUUAUGGAAGAUGGUAAAAGAAUAAACUUUACUGACAAUAUAGAAGAAACCGAGGAUAAUUCAUUACGUAUUGCAAUAAUAGAAAACAUUUUCAAAUUUGUAGGUAUAAAUGAUUGGAAUUAUUUUCAAGAGGCUGCACAAUUUCAAAGUUUAAGUUCAUCAGCUAAUAGUUCAAUUGUUGGUUUGAAUAACGUGGCAAAUUUGGCUCAGAGCCCAAAAUUAAAUGGUAACUACCAUAAUGUUUUCAAGUUUGAUGAUGAUGAUAAUCUUAUGAAUACAAUAAAUGUGUCCAAGUUAAAGAACAAACUUGCAUCACCAACUAAUAAUCAAUCACCGUACUUGAAACCACAAUUCAGACGUAAAAAUCCUUUAACUGAAAUGAAUAUCAAAGAUGCAUUCGCCAAAGUAUUAGAUUUGAAAUACAUCGAGCCUGAUACAACUGUAGUUCAACAAAAUUCUGUUAAAUGUGGGUUAUAUUAUGUCAUUGAUGGUUCCUUGGAAGUACACUACAAACAUUCAGAAGUGUAUUCACAAUCAACAACUUCAAAAUAUGUUUAUACAGUAAAUGAAGGUGGAGUAGCUGGAUAUUUAUCAUGUGUGGUUGGGUUUAGAUCCUUGGUAUCUAUCAAAACUCCAAAAAAAACUGGAGCUGUUGUAGCAUUCAUUGCCAAAAAUGAUUAUAAUCAAUUAUUGGAUAAAUAUUAUUUCCUUCAAUUGCCAGUUGCUAUAAAAUUGAAAAGGCUUUUAUCAAAACAAAUUUUGACUAUUGAUUAUGCUUUGGAAUGGUGUCAUAUACCAGCGGGAAAUGUAUUAUGUUCGCAAGGGGAUUUGGCUAAUGGGUUUCACGUAGUAUUAAGUGGUAGAUUCAGAGUAGUUAGACGAAGUAAGAAAAAGAACUCAGAUAAAGAUGAUUUAGAAGUCUUGGGAGAAUACGGUCACGGUGAAUCCAUUGGAGAAGUAGAAGUUUUGACAGCUUCAAGAAGAUCAAACUCAUUGAUUGCAGUUAGAGAUUCUGAAACUGCUAGGAUUCCAAGAACUUUAUUUGAAAUGUUAUCGUUUCAAAACCCAUCUAUAAUGGUUAAAGUUUCAAGAUUAGUUGCAUCAAAAGUAUUAUCAUCUGAAAAAUCAAUUAAUCAAUCAUCUCAUAAUUUUAUCACUAGCACAAGUAGUGAAAAUUUUAUAUCAGCAGAUUAUAAAACAAUCACUAUUCUACCUACUGUUUCGGGUUUACCUGUACGAGAAUUUGCUGAAAAAUUAGUUCAUGCUUUGAAAAAUAUUGGAAGAAACGUUAUAGCUUUAGAUCAAGCUUUAACUUUGACUCAUUUAGGUAGACAUGCAUUUGAUGAAGGAUUAGCAAGACUUAAAUUAUCAGGCUACUUUGCAUAUUUAGAAGAAGAAUAUGAAACUGUUGUAUAUAUUUGUGAUACGCCGGUCCAGUCUAAUUGGACCUCAACAUGUAUAGCACAAGGAGAUUGCAUACUAUUGUUAGCUGAUGCAGAUGAUGAAGAAACAGCAGCAUCGAUUGGUGAUUAUGAACAACUUUUGAUUAAAAUGAAAACCACAGCAAGAACUGAUCUUUGUCUUAUUCAUCAAGAAAAAUUCGUUAUAUCGGGAUCAACAAGUCAAUGGUUAAAAAACAGAGUCUGGGUACAAGGUCAUCAUCAUAUCCAAUUGUAUAUAGAAAGAAAUAAUGAUACGAUGGGGCCAAGUAAAAAAUCAUUUAUAAGUGAUUUAGCAGCUAAAUUUUCUCAAAAUAAAGCUAUUAUAACAAAAUUCGAAGAUGCUACAAAUAAAGCUUUUAGUUGGAGAUCGAGAGAUCAACAAAAAAAGAUAGCAGUAAAAUCACAUCGAAAUGAUUUUAUGAGAUUAGCAAGAAUUUUGUCUAAUGAAGCAGUAGGGUUGGUUUUAGGUGGUGGUGGUUCAAGAGGUAUUGCACACGUUGGAGUUGUUACUGCGUUAGAAAGACAUGGUAUACCAGUCGAUUUAAUUGGUGGAACUUCCAUUGGAUCAUUUGUUGGUGGGUUAUAUGCUAAGGAUUAUAAUAUUGUUUCAAUUUAUGGUAGAGCUAAAAAAUUUUCAAAAAGAGUUGCAUCACUUUGGAGAAUGUUAUUUGACUUAACAUAUCCUGUAACUUCAUACAUCACUGGAUAUGAGUUUAAUAGAGGUAUUUGGAAAGUAUUUGGAUUUGUUGAAAUUGAAGAUUUUUGGAUUAAAUAUUUUUGUAAUUCUACUAACAUUACAAACUCAACUAUGGAUAUACAUGAAUCAGGAUAUGCAUGGAGAUUUAUACGGGCUUCAAUGUCACUUGCUGGUUUAUUACCUCCAAUUGCAUUUAAAGGUUGUAUGUUAUUAGAUGGAGGUUACUUAGAUAAUUUACCAGUUAUGGAAAUGAAAAGACGUGGGGCAAAACACAUUAUUGCAGUCGAUGUUGGAUCAGCAGAUGAUCGAACUCCAAUGAAUUAUGGCGAUACUUUGAGUGGAUUUUGGGUAUUAUUCAAUCGAUGGAAUCCAUUUUCAAAACAUCCAAAUAUUCCAAAUAUGAUGGAUAUUCAAAUGAGAUUAGCUUAUGUUGCUAGUGUAAAUGCUUUAGAAGAAGCUAAAAGAGCUCCUGGUGUUUAUUAUCUUAGACCACCAAUUGAUAACUAUGCUACAUUAGAUUUUGGUAAAUUUGAUGAAAUUUAUCAAGUUGGUUUAGGUUAUGCUGAUAAAUUGUUUACAGAAUGGGAAAAUAAAAAUCAAUUACCUAGAAUUGCAGGAUUUGUAGAAAAAGAUAAAAUUGUAGAAUUUGGUGAAAAAAAAAUAUUAUUUAGAAGAAAUUCAAUUUAA